ACUAAACUCAAAACUCAUAACGCAAUGGCCACCCUUCAUCUACCUCUAGCUCCUCUCCUCCUACUUAUCCUCACCGCGGCCGCCUUCCUCUCCACGGAGAUAGCUGCUCAGCCCGCGGCUCCGGCCCCUGGCCCUGCCCGUCCCAUCAACAUCACGGCGAUACUCGAAAAAGGCGGUCAGUUUGUUACAUUCAUCCGUCUUUUAAACACAACUCAAAUAGGAAGCCAAAUCAAUAUCCAAAUCAACAGUUCAUCUGAAGGCAUGACCGUAUUAGCACCAACGGACAACGCAUUCCAAAACCUUAAACCCGGAACACUAAACAAACUAAGCCCGGACGACCAAGUCAAGCUCAUUCUUUACCAUGUUAGUCCCAAAUACUACACAUUGGAGGAUCUUCUCUCUGUAAGCAACCCGGUGAGGACUCAAGCUUCAGGUCGAGACGUUGGUGGGGUUUACGGACUUAACUUCACCGGUCAAGGGAAUCAAGUCAAUGUAUCUACCGGUAUCGUUGAGACACGUCUCAGCACUUCAUUAAGACAACAACGUCCUCUUGCGGUUUACGUGGUGGACAUGGUUUUGUUGCCGGAAGAGAUGUUCGGAGAACGCAAGAUCUCACCAGUGGCACCUCCUCCGAAGAAAUCAAAAUCUCCUGAUGUCUCUGAUGACUUAGACACAAACUCCACCAAGAAAGCAGCGCCUCCGACGGAGAAGUCUGGCUCCUGUGAGAUGAAGUCUGGAUUAGGGUUUGGUCUUGGACUUGUUGUCUUGACUUUGAAAUUCCUCUUUUGAGUUUGUUUCUAUAUAUGUUGAUUUAAUUUAAUUGUGCGGUUUGUUAUAAGAAAUUUAUUUAUCUAUUAUAUAUGAUUGCAUGAUUUUAAAAUCGAGUUAUAUACUGUUAAUUAUUACUUUAAUUUAAUGAUAAAAUUCCCAUUUUCUGAAGA